AUGGGACGCCGAUCGUCGAAAAUCGCGACGCGCAAGAACGCACAGGACGCGCGCAAGUCGAAGCUAUACGGCAAAUUCGGCAAGCAGAUCAUAUCUGCAGUCAAGGCAGGCGGCCCCAGCCCAGCCAGCAACUCAGCACUGGCAGCACUGCUGGUGGCGGCGAAGCAAGGGGGAGUGCCCAAAGAUGUGAUUGAUAGGAAUAUUAAACGGGCGACGGAGAAAGGACAGGCAGAUUUCACAGAGAUUGUGUAUGAGGUUUACGGGCUCGGAGGAGUCGGCAUAGUGGUGGACGUGCUAACAGACAACAACGCCCGGGCGGCAGCUACAGUGCGAGACGUGGUGCGCAAGGGCGGCGCCAAGAUGGCUGAUCCAGGCUCCGUGCUCUUUAAUUUCAAGAGGGAGGGCGUGUUGGCGGUCCCAGCAGCCACGGCAGACCCAGAUGAGGUUUUGGUGGUGGCGGUGGAUGCAGGGGCUGAUGACGUCAUCAACCCUGGGGAGGACAUGGCAGGGGGAGGAGGGGGAGGGCAUGCGGAGGAGGGCGAGGAGGAGGAGCAGUUCUUCCGAGUGCUUACUCCAGCCGAGUCCUUUGCAUCGGUGCGAGCGCAGCUGCAGGAGUAUGGGCUGACAGUAGACGCAGAGCACUCAGGCCUCAUGUUCAUUCCCACUGCCACCAUGCAGCCUGACGAGGAGGCUCGGGAGCAGAACGAAGCUCUGAUGGAGAAGCUGCUGGAAUUGGAUGACGUGGAUGCAGUGUACUGCAACCAAUAG